AUGCUGGGUGAUCCUGAUACCAUUCAAGGCCAGACAGAAUUUGAAUAUGGACACAGCUCAAUUUCGAAAAGUCUCAGUGAUUGGCUUGAGGGUUUGAAAGAAAACAUAGAUGAACACAAUGAACACACCGCCUGUCAUAUGAUUGAUAAAGAGAUCGUGAUGCUUUUUCCCUUCAUAAAACCAGAACAGUUCUGA